AUGGCAUCCCGUCCAAAUUUUGGCCUAAACGAGCUUGAUUUCGUCUUCUCCACUCUUGUCGUCGGAUCUAUCAUGAAUUUCACCUUGAUGUAUCUUCUAGCACCGACUAUGGCAUCUUCAUCCGCAACUCUCCCUUUCAUCUUCUCCAAUUCACCAACAAGCCACAUGUUCGAGCCCGGCGCCUACAGCCUUGUCAACAGGUUAGGAACUUUCGUUUACAAAGGAACAGUGUUCGCCGCCGUGGGUUUUGCAGCCGGUUUAGUCGGAACUGCUCUGUCAAACGGACUAAUCCAGAUGAGGAAGAAGAUGGAUCCGACCUUCGAGUCACCAAACAAAGCUCCACCAACUGUUUUAAACGCCAUGACAUGGGCGAUUCAUAUGGGUUUAAGCAGCAAUUUCAGGUACCAAACUCUGAAUGGGAUCGAGUUCGUUUUUAGCAAAAGGGAUGCCGCCAUUGUUGUUCAAGACUUCUGUGGUUGGGUUGAGAUUGGUGAACAACGUGCUUGGAGGGAUGUCGUUUGUGAUUCUGGCAAGGAUGACCGGAUCACAAAAACGCCGGCGGAGAAACCGAGGAGAAGAAGAUGGUGGGUAGCAGUGAUGAAGAGGAGUGUUCAGAGGAGAAAGUGA